AUGUCAGAUAGUAGUGUACAGAUCAAAGACUUGUUUGAUAGUGCUGUUCACAGCAAUGUAGAUGUGACCACACGUUCAACAAUGUCUGCUAAUGGAGUGGCCUUGUCUAAACAACAGAAUUACUUGAUGAACGAUGCAACAACACUCAAGUCAAUUGAGUCAUUGCUAUCGAAUGAUGAUGUCUCAAUGGAUCAAUACCAGCCUCUAAACCGUGCAGAGGCAUCCUACACUUAUUCAAAGUCAAGAUUCAAUCACAACAACAACAACAACAACAACAACAACAACAACAACAACAACAACAACAAUAAUAGAAACACCACGAAUACUGCAUCAACAAGACAGUUCAACUAUAUCUACACAGAUCGUUUGGAGAAGCUGUUACCUGUGUUGUUCUCAACGGUGGAGAGAAGAUGGCCAUCAAUGAGUAUCAACAAGAUCCUGCAUCUUAAGCCCGGCGAGGAGUGCAUCCUCAUCGGUACACUCUACAAAGAGAUGCCACUCAAGCCAAACAUUCUGAAACAAUAUGCUCAAGACCGUGCCAUCCUACCACUGCCUCCACAACGCUCAUCGUUCUUGGGUGAGGGUGAUGUAUUGAUCUUGGAGGAUGAGACAGGUCGUGUGAAGCUCAUUGGUGACAAGACAUUGGUCGAUAGCUAUCUGACUGGACUGAACGUGGCUAUAAGAGGUAGAGGACUGCCCAGUGCAGAGUUUGAAGUGCUCGACAUUGUCCCCGCAGGAUUGGCUCCCCAGCCCUAUAUCAAGCGCAUUGAGAGCCUGGAAGAGGAUGUCUACGUGUGUAUUGCAUCAGGUCUGAACAUUGGACAUCCCAACUCUGUGCUCAGUGUAAAUUUAUUGAUGGACUACCUCAGCGGCAACCUUGGAUCACUCAGUGACCAGAAGUUUGCAUCUAGGAUAUCCAGAUUGAUCAUUGCUGGCAACUCAAUAUACAAGCAACCGGAUAGCCAAGAGAGCUUCAUGAAGUAUCGCACCAAACAGGAGAUACAAUCAAGACAACAGAAGCUGGCUUUGCCAAUCAAAGAGUUUGAUGCCAUACUCAGUGACCUGUGUCAGUCAAUCCCUGUAGAUGUCCUACCUGGAGCCACAGACCCUACCAACCUUUCACUACCACAGCUACCACUCAACUUCUGCCAAUUCCCAUUCAGCUACCAGAAUACCAACUUUAAUCCAGUGUCCAAUCCUUAUGAGUCUGAGAUUGGAGGAAGAAUAUUCCUUGGAACAUCUGGCCAGAACCUUGAUAAUGCAUCGAGAUAUAUUGAUAUGCCUGACAAGCUUGAGCUGAUGGAGAAGAUGCUUGUGUGGAGACAUCUGGCACCAACAGCUCCAGACACAUUGGCUUGUGCUGCGAUGGAGCAUGAUCCGUUCAUCAUUGAGCAAUGUCCACACGUAUACUUUAUUGGCAACAACGAUCGCUUUGAGACCAGGUUGGUGCAGGGUGAGAAAGGUGAGCAGAUCCGACUGAUCCUUGUUCCAGACUUCCAUACCACUGGCACCGUUGUCAUGGUCAACCUAAAGACACUGGAGAGCUUCUCAAUGCAAUUCGACACUCAGUCUUGUUUCCCAAUGGCACCAUCAUGA